AUGUUCCAUGGAUUGCCAAGUGAAGACCCCAUUGACCACCUUGAUGAGUUUGAUAGGCUUUGUGAUUUGACAAAGAUCAAUGGUGUCUCUGAAGAUGCCAUCAAGCUGAGACUCUUUCCUAUGUCUCUAGCUGACAAAGCUCACCAAUGGGAGAAGAGCUUGCCCCAUGGCACAAUCACCACUUGGGAUGAAUGCAAGAAGGCCUUUCUUGCUAAGUUUUUCUCCACCGGUCGCACAGCCAAGCUUAGAGGAGAGAUAUCCAGCUUCAUCCAGCGAAACAAUGAGACAUUCGCAGAGGCUUGGGAGAGGUUCAAAGGCUACACAAGUCAGUGCCCACACCAUGGAUUCAACAAUGAAUCACUACUCUCCACUCUUUAUAGAGGAUGCUUGCCUAGGUAUAGGGAGAUGCUAGACACAGCUAGCAAUGGGAACUUCCUCAACCAGGAUGUAGAUGAUGGCUGGCAACUUGUGGAGAACAUAGCUAACUCAAAUGGAAGCUAUGGAGAAGAGUAUGAUCGCACCAACCGGAGCUCGACCCACCACUCGAUCGAGUCAGACGAAAAGUUGAGAAAAGAUGUUAAGGCAUUGAAUGAGAAGUUGGAUAAGCUGAUCCUAGCUCAGUCCACAAUGAAGAAAGUCAACUUUGUGUCUGCUGAGGAGAUGGAACCAGUCCAAGAAGGGGAGGAUACACAAUUUGCUGAGGUGUGCUACAUGAGCAAUGGGCAAGGAGGUUACAACAAAGGAUACUAUAAUUACAAGUCCAACCCUGCCAUGUCAUACCGCAACACUGAUGUUGCUAACCCUCAGGACCAAGUCUAUCCUCAACAACAAGCAGCUCGAUCGAGUCAAGGCCACAACAUGGGCUUUCCCCACCAACCACCCCAGCCUGCACCUUCACAAGAGAAUGAGCUCAAGGCAAUGCUAAAGCAACUACUUCAAGGGCAAGCUGAUGGGGUAGUGGACACAAGCAAGAAGCUAGCUGAAAUAAACUCAAGAUCGAGAACCUCAACACAAGGGUUUACUCUCUGGAGAAUCAUGCUUCUUCUGUUGCUGCUGCUACAAAGCAAGGACAACUACCUGGUAAAGCUAUUCAGAACCCCAAGGAACAGUGCAAGGUCAUCUUCACUCAAGAAGGACUUGUUGAAGAAGAGGAUCAAGAAAGGCUCGAUCGAGUCAACUCUAGCUCGAUCGAGUCCGACCUCUUCUGUCCAAACCAUUUUGCUUGAUCCUUACCAACCGGUUGCCACUUCCUCGUCUCGCCUACUUAGUCAAGGUCACAAGGAAGUGAUUCACAAGUUCAGAAGAGAUCUCAGUGGGAUUGGAAUUGAGUUGCCUCCUAUGGAUAGCAUGAGUGAGGCAUUUGAUCAAAUGCAAAUGGUCAAGGAUGUUCUAGCCAACAGUGAUAAAGUUUCAGAGGUCAAGGAUCAAGGGAAAUUCACUCUCCCUUGCACACUUGGGCAUCUUGAGAUUGACAAUGCCUUAGUGGAUUCUGGAGCAAGCAUCAAUCUGAUCUCUCUCUCCAUGGCAGAGAAGCUAGGCAUUGCUGGAACCUUGCAGCGCCCUACUACUUCAAUCAUGUUUGGAGAUGCAACUUCNGAAAGAUCAUGCGGGGAGACGGAGGGUUUGUACGGCUCAGAUUAUUUAGCCUUACUUAAAUUUCGUCGCUUUGUACGAAGCGUCCGGGUAGUUGAAAAACGUUCGAUCGGACGGUCGAGGUCGAUGCGAGUAUCCCAUCUUCUUUUUCCCGAAAACCUCUUCUUCUACGAUGCAUUCCGCCGAGGGAAAGAGAGUGUCGCCGACGGAAAGUACGGGCCACACGCAAAGUCGAAACUAGACGAAGAAGGCCUAGUGAAUUUCCGACGUGAGUAUAACAUUCCCGACGAGAUCGAACUCGUGCUCCCGACGGAGUCAGAAGGCCUUGAGCAUGUCUUUUGGAGCAUUCUGGAGCAUAUGGGACAGAGGAGCAUGGAGGACUUGGCACAUGGACGCAGCUCAACUGGAAGCCAUCUUGAAGACCAGCUCGACCAUCUACUCGACCAACCGGUCGAGUUCCUCAACUCGACCGGCCAAGCUUCAACUCGAUCGAGCUGA